AUGGCGAUUUCCGCCUCAGCGGUCUCCAAGCCUCUCUUCCCCGCUUGUCCAUCGUCGACGUGCUCAGCCAGCCAUAGAUCUGCAGCGGCGGGAGCUGUGGCACUGAGGCCAGUGAAGGCGCGCCAUUCCUCUCUGCUUUCCUCUUCCUCUUCCCUCUCCCCCUCUCCUCUGUCGAAUGCGGCCGCCGGUGGAGAGAAGAGCUUGCUCGCUCCGCCGAGCAUCCACCGCCGGAGGGGGUUGACGGUGGUGAAGGCGGCGAGGGGGAAGUUCGAGAGGAAGAAACCCCACGUCAACAUCGGCACCAUCGGGCACGUCGACCAUGGCAAGACCACCCUCACGGCCGCUCUCACCAUGGCGCUCGCCUCUGUCGGCGGCAGCGCCCCCAAGAAGUACGACGAGAUCGACGCCGCCCCGGAGGAGCGCGCCCGCGGCAUUACCAUCAACACCGCCACCGUCGAGUACGAGACCGCGAACCGCCACUACGCCCACGUAGACUGCCCCGGCCACGCCGACUACGUCAAGAACAUGAUCACCGGCGCCGCCCAGAUGGACGGCGCCAUCCUCGUCGUCUCCGGCGCUGACGGGCCCAUGCCGCAGACCAAGGAGCACAUCCUGCUGGCAAAGCAGGUGGGAGUGCCCAACGUGGUCGUCUUCCUCAACAAGGAGGACCAGGUGGACGACCUGGAGCUCCUGGACCUUGUGGAGCUGGAAGUCCGCGACUUGCUCACCUCCUACGAGUUCCCCGGCGACGACGUCCCCGUCGUCGCCGGCUCCGCUCUGGAAGCCCUGCAGGCCCUCAUCGAGAACCCGGCCAUCAAGCGAGGGGAGAACAAGUGGGUCGACAAGAUCUUCGCCCUCAUGGACGCCGUCGACAACUACAUCCCCAUCCCGCAGCGGCAGACGGAGCUCCCCUUCCUGCUCGCCGUGGAGGACGUCUUCUCCAUCACCGGCCGUGGCACCGUCGCCACCGGGAGGGUGGAGAGGGGGAAGGUGAAGGUGGGCGACACCGUCGACCUCGUCGGCCUGCGGGAGACCCGCAACACCACGGUCACCGGGGUGGAGAUGUUUCAGAAGAUCCUCGACGAGGCCCUCGCCGGAGACAACGUCGGCAUCCUCCUCAGAGGAAUCCAGAAGGUCGACAUUCAGAGAGGUAUGGUCCUCGCCAAGCCCGGGUCCAUCACCCCCCACACCAAGUUUGAGGCGAUCGUGUACGUACUCAAGAAGGAGGAGGGCGGAAGGCACUCGCCCUUCUUCGCAGGGUACCGCCCCCAGUUCUACAUGCGGACCACCGACGUGACGGGGAAGGUGACCAAAAUCAUGGACGACAAGAACGAGGAAUCGAAGAUGGUCAUGCCCGGGGACCGCAUCAAGAUGGUGGUGGAGCUCAUCAUGCCCAUCGCCUGCGAGCAGGGGAUGAGAUUCGCCAUCCGGGAGGGCGGCAAGACCGUCGGUGCUGGAGUCAUUCAAUCUAUCAUCGAGUGA